AUGGACCCUUACACAUACUUCAACCAGCACUACGAUGCCAACAACAGAUGGGUCAGUAUUGGCGCUCUUGACACUGGCGAAGAGGUUCACGUCGUGUUAGACACAAUCGACAGCGUAAAAUACAGCGUGCGCACUACGGGCUCUCCAACGACGAUUACAUGGGCCGGCUUUAUUCUCAACGACGAUCUCGCUACGCUCAACCAUAACGAUAGAAGGAGGACGUCCAAGACACGCAUGCGCAGCCUACUACGCAAAUGGGACACCCAACGAGACCUUCAGGACGUAUUAACACCUGCCGCUCCGUCAGCUCCCGCCUACGCCGAACACCUUCAGGUGCAACAUCACGCGCCUAAUCGGGUGCUCGAGAGCACGGGUACCGAGACGGCUGCUGCUUUCCAGAAGAUCGGGGGAUACAAGAAUGACCACAAUCUAGUGCUUUUCAAGGGCACCGCCGAAGAGCGCGAGGUGCUCGUCGAUGAGGAGGUCCACGAAGAUCCGAUCAUCAAGGCACGGAACUAUUUUCACAUCGCCAAGGAGUUCAUUCAAGGUCAUAUCGCCCAGGACAUGGACGAGCUGUGCGCUGCUGCUUAUGACGGGCGUCCUCAAGCCAUGUGUCAGGCAGUCGUUAACUUGACGAUUAAGUACGCAUGGCCCGCUCUCCCCACUUGGCUUCGUGGCAGUGUUCCGCAGCAUGCUGCGUACGGAGUUUCAGCUCUGCUCCUGCAGGGUUUCUGGGCUUCGGCUUUGCCUAAGAUCCGACAAAAAAUGGAUGUAAUCUACGUCAAUCCAAUCAACGAAGAGGCUGCGACCUGGGCUGAAGAAGCAAGGAAGAAGCGGGGCCCUCGUCGGCCCGACUAUUGUUGA